UGGCAACAACACCAAAACAUUGGAUGCUCACUCCUCUCCGCUUCCAUCUUCCACCUCUCAAGAGGACUCGACAAACCCCAUUCCCAUCCAUCUGACAUUUGUUCCUCACCGUCACGCUUCAAUAUCGCUACUCUUUCAUUUCCACUCGACAUGCCGCUGGUGACUCCGAGACCAGGAGCUCCGAUGGGCCCACCCCCAAUCCUUCCUGCCGGGCUGCCCGUCACUGCGGGUGCCACGGCCGUCAAGCAGGCGUUCCUACACCCCACCACCCCGCAGCGCGGUGCUUCGAGCAUGCCGCCCCCCUCUAUGCCUGUGGCGUCGGCGCGCCCAAGCCACUCCAGCGACGGCUCGCGCAACUCCGGCCGCUCGCCGGCAGGGAGCUACGAAGAGAGAUCCAAGCCGCCGCUGCAGGAGAGCAUGGGUGCCGACAACGUCGACGUAGACACUCAGUUUGAGGACCUCCUUGACCAACUGGAGGUGCCGAGUUCGGUGCGCAUCAAGUUCGCGACGGUCAACAAGAGUGUCAAGGCAUCGAUCCUGUCCUCGAGCAUGACGUCCAACCCUGCUCUGCUCGCCACCUUGGGUCUCCCUCCCCCCACCAACGGAAAGAAGCAGCCCAAAAACAAGGCCUCGACGGCCAAGCUACGCAAGGCAAAGUCCUCAACCGCCCUCAAGCAGCCGCCACCUCCCAGUCCUCGCAGAGGAGUGGGCAGCACCUGCAAGGUGCAGGGCGAGGAGUUCGUCAUUGUUGCUGGGGGCUUUAACUCUCAGCCUGGCAAACAUGGGCGCGGGUACAGUGUUGAUCUUCCAUCUCCCAACCCGCCAUAUGGCAGUAGACCCUCGACCCCGCGGUCGAGGCCCAGUUCGAUCUUCAUGCCGCAGUCCCCCUCGAGACGGGGUGAGAGCAUCGGGCCCUCUGAGCAGCCUGGGGACUAUGUUCAGUGGCUCUCUGCCUUCAAGGGCACCGACAUCAACAUGGAUGUCAACAAGGCAAAGAAGCUGCGCAUGCUUCUCCGCCACGAGACCACCGGCUGGGUUGCCGCAUUCCUCGAUGCAGGAGGCUACGCUCGUGUCCUGGACCGUCUCCAAGAUCUUCUUGAUGUGGAGUGGCGCGAGGAGCAACACGAUGAUCAAAUGCUUUACGAGCUACUGCGCUGUGUUAAGGCUCUCGGCACCUCCGAGGUCGGCAAGCAAGCCUUGCGGGCCGCCCAUCCUCGUCCACUUCCUGCGCUCUCCGCACUCCUCUUCUCGGAGAAGAAGCCUGGUGACCUCGCAUGCCGUCAGAUCAUUGUCGAGCUCUUCCUUUUCCAGUUUGAGCUUUAUAACAGGCAGCCGCCGUCUCCUGUUGUGCCAACCUGCCGCCCAGCAACCCCAGUUCCAACUUCGUUCAACGUGACAUACUUUGUGCGCCAGCUCCUUCUUCCUGAGGCGGAGAAUAAGGCUAAAGAUUACCACGACUUUGUGCAAGUCGCUCAUCGUCCACGCAUCUUCAAAGCCUGGGUUCAGGAGCUGAGCGACAUAUCCCGCGACUACUUCUGGAUUAUGUGUCACGCAAACAACUCGCUGUGGGAGCUGAGCGAGGUGGACGAGAAGCUCGUCGAGCGGCCAGUGGCCCCCGGCGGCGCGACUGGUGGCGUCGAGUUCGAGGCGAUGGGUUACGUCACGAACCAGUUCAAGCUGAUCAAUUCACUGGCGGCAAGCCUCGCUGAAGAGAAUCCUGCAGACGCACACCAACUGCAUCAGGACCUGAUGAUGAGCGGCAUGGACCGCAUCCUGAUCACCAUGCGCAGGGCAUCAACCACUUAUUAUCCCACGCUGCACCUCGAGCUUGCACGCUACGUCGAGAUCAUGCGCGUCUCGUAUGCGGGCAAGCUCCCGUACAUCAUCUCCAAGCUCGUCGGCCCGCCGCCGGAGGAAGUGCGCCGGCACCGCAGUGCCAGCGAGUGGCUUCCGCGCCUCACCCUCGACUCGCCUGGUAGAAGCCCUCGGCGAGCACACCACAGCUAAGGCUCUCGCCCCAGCAAGUACGAGAUGAGAUAUGACCCUCAUUCACGGAUUUGGCGGCAGGAGAUGCCUCGCCGUGCCUAUCCCAGUUGUGCAGUAUGGAUCCCAUGUACCAGAAACGAAGAUGAGGGGUGGACUACAGUAGGUCCGCCGAGCGAUAGGCAGCCCGUGUGAACCAAAGCACACCAUGGGCGCCACUAAGAAACUAGUCACGCGUCUUCACAGGUGAAGUCGCUAUAUGAUGCAUGCUAUGCAGAGUGGUUGGC